AUGCUUAUUCUUCGAUACCCUCAGAUCUUCACUUUGACUAGUAGAGCAAUUCUUGGUGAGUUGAGAAGUCUAAAUAAGAAGUCAGAUCCUAAAUAUUUCGACAAGGUCCAAAUUUCAUCACAGCUGAGCUAUGACUCGAAAUAUCAUUUUGUAUCUGAGCAACUUGUAUCUAGAGCUUGCAAUCCAUAUUCAUGUCAUGAACUUCCUGAUAACAGAAUUCGAGUCCACAAAGCGUCACAGUUUUGCAAAGUUCUUCAAAAAUUUGGUUAUGAAACAUUUGACAUUGAUGUGGCUUCAGAGUGCCAUGACAUGAAGCAUUGCAAGAAUCUAGGACCAUUUGUGCAUGACUGGGAGAUCACUGAAGGCAAGAAUGCUAUGUCCAACAAGUUUAAGCUCUUAAUUACAAAUUUGCAUUGCUUACCAGAAACUAAUUCCCCUAAGACUGCAAAAGUUUCUGCUGUCUUCAGAGCGCUCUCUCCUUCAGAAGAUCGCUUCUAUUCAGGAUCAAGAACAGGUCUUUCUGGAAUGACAAUAUCUGCAGAAGGAACAUGGAAUUCUUCCACUGGUAACCUCUGCAUGGUUGGUUGCAUUGGCCUAGAGAAUGAUGCUGAUGGAUGUGAUUCACGAAUAUGCUUGUACUUACCAGGCACAUUUUCAAUCACUCAGCGAAAUGUUCUUUCUGGAACCAUCUCUAGCAUAAAAGAGACUUACGUUCCUUUACGGUUUAAAAAGGAACUCCGUCCUCUCGACAUCUGGAACACGUAUCAUGAUUACAGUAAAUCCUACUUAUCCUACAGGUUUACAAGAAUUGAGAUGUUAAGGGCCUUUAUGCAGAAAGACAACAGUUACAAUUUGGGGAUGCUGAUUACGAAAAUAAUCCACAGAUUUCCAGGCAUUGAAGACGAUAGAAACUUAACACUCCUUUCUUCUUUAUCCGAUGAGCUUUCUUUCCAGGUUAAAGCUCUUCCACAUGCCAUACGGAACAAGACUAUCUCCAAAACAUUUCUUUCACUCGAGGUCCUCUCAUUAGGUCAUUUGUUCGGACGUCAUUGGCCAUUUCUAAGGGAGCAUACUUGCCAAGAAGAGGGUAAAGUUCCAUCUUUCCUUGCUUAUGAUGAUCAAAAUAUACUUUUAAAUGUCUCAGCACAACUGACUGUUACUGAGAAGUACUUUAGUCACGUUGCAAAAGUCUUCCUCGAGGGACUUUACGAUGCAUCCAGGGGGGUGAUGCAUACAGUAGGCUGCAGGGAAAUUCAUAGCCAAAAGUUUAUGGAUUGCUUGAUCGAAGUUAAGGUGCAGUAUUCCUCCAAGACUACUAGGUGGUUGAUAAAUCCUACUGCCAGUGUAUCCAUUACUAGUCUGUGGAAUCCAGAAGAUCAGUUUUAUUUCAGUCCAAUCAACUUAAAAACAGUACUGAUUCCAUAUAGAGACCACUCCAAGGAGGUCAAGUUUUGCCUGAACUUCGAGGCUUGUUUCCGUAUAUUUGUUCUUUUAACUUCUGCAGCUUGUUUGUUGAGUCAACUCUAUUACGUUGAGCGAAACAUAGAUGCCACUCCUCUCAUUUCUGCUGUUAUGUUAGGUAUUCAACUUCUUGGUUAUGGUGUCCCUUUGGUCAUGGAUACCCCCAUUCUUUUUGCAUGGAAGGAAUAUCUUUAUCCACAGAGUCGAUUAUUGCAUACUGGAUCGACUAAUAAACAGUUCUAA